GAAAUUGCCUGUGCAAAAACACUGUUUCAUAACACAUUGCUGUCAAGGAAGUAAAGUCAAGUGAGCUGGUAUAGCCAUUUUCCAUCAGCCCAUCCUAACAAGAGCAGGAGUUACUUUUCAGAAACUUGUAGCGAUUCUCGCCUACAAUCCUCUGUGUCAGAGGCGUGAUUGAGAAAACCCCUCCCCUGAAAACUAGUCAUCUCAGCAUGUCACCUCAUUAGUGAGAGCAGAUGACGAUUCAAAGGGAAGAAAGAGACAGAGACAAGGAGAGUUAGACAGAGGAGAGGUCAUUGUAUGAGAUGAGAGACUACUGAUUCCAGCUGAUUUUUAUAUAUAUAGAUUAUUUGCAGGUAUCAGCAUAUACUGAAGCUACUUUUUCCACAGCCAUUAACCUGACAAGUGGAUGCAUUUUACUGUUCCUUGGGGAAACUUUUAAAAAGAAUUUGAGAGGAGACGAAAAGAGAAGAACGAGAAGGAGAAAUAACUGUGCCAUCUGAAUGUGAAGAGUUCCCUAGUUUGGGUUGUUUUAACUUUCCUUAUCCAGAUUGGUUCCCUUCUUCACCAUGGCGGCCAGGUGGAAACUCCUCAUACUGGCUCUGUACCUCUCUCUCGUCAUGGUCCUGUCGGAAACAGAAUGCCCUAAAGGAUAUCGUAUGGAAGAUAAAUGCGUUGAUGAAGAUGAAUGUGAUGUGGAGGACGAGGACGAUCCUGAUGUUAUUGGGCCAUGUGGAGAGAAUGCGCUCUGUCAUAACACAAUGGGCAGCUUCAAAUGCCAAUGUCUUGACGGUUACAGAGGGCUGGGGGCUGAAACAUCUCCAACAUGUAAAGACAUCAAUGAGUGUGCGGAGGACAGAGGCAUCUGUGGACUUAAUGCCAUAUGUUUUAAUACAAUUCCACAUUAUUCCUGCAUAUGUGAUGAUGGAUUCAUUUCCACUACUGGGGUGGAACGUUUUCGCCACGGUGACAACGUUACAUGUCAAGAUACUGAUGAAUGUCAAGAGGAAAAGGUUUGUGGUCAAAAUGCAACAUGCAUCAACACACCAGGCAGUUAUCUCUGUGUCUGUAAUGCUGGCUUUGGACUAAAAUCAGGCAAAUCUAACUUCUCUGGCAAUCAGGAGCAAUGUGAAGACAUAUGUAUGAUUGAUAAAACAAUCUGCGGAAAUGGAACCUGCCACCAUGGAGCCAACGGCCAUUACUGUGCAUGCCACGCAGGGUUCACUAACUAUGGCAACAAAGGGUCUCGCUGCACUGCGUUAAACUGUGAUGUAUUCAAAGAUAUGAGCAUUCUGGAAGAGAAAUUGAACUCAUCUCAUAAUCUCAUGAUGCAGUUGACAAAAAGCUGUCUGGACCUUACAGAAAGUGAGAAUCCGACAGAGGUGGAUGGAGAGGAACUAUUAAAGAGACUGCUGUCUUUGAUCGAUAAUCUCUUGUCCCGUGGAGCCUUCAAAGAUAAGAGGAAAGUCUCCACCUUUCUGAACAUGGUGGAGAACAUUCUGGGGUUCAUAGGACCUUUCAUUAAGCCCCCCGGCACAACAAGAUCUUCCACUCACACAGAGGUGGGCCUGCGGGUACAUAAGGGGGCUGACUUACCCCAGGGAGCUGUGACUUUAUCAUCUAACCAUGUUCGGCUGGACAUCCAGUUGGAGACAGCUGCUGGAGAGCCCUCCAAAUACCCUGGCUUUACAACAGUGUCCUUGCUGAGCUAUGCAAACCUGGAAGACUCUGCAGAUGGCUUCUUUAGUGGGAUGAAACGACAAGCGGACGAAAGCUUUAAGAUCAACUCUAAAGUUGUGACCGCCACUGUCAGUAACAGAAACACAAGCCACCUCAAGGAGCCAGUCAAAUUGACUUUCAACCACCUCAAGCAGUCAAAUGAAUCCAACCACACCUGUGUGUUCUGGGAUUCCUCGGAGAAUGGAGGGUCAUGGUCUGCUCGUGGCUGCAGUGUGGUGGAGUCCAGCCCUAACUACACUGUGUGUUCCUGCAACCAUCUGAGCAGCUUUGCUGUGCUCAUGGCGCUCUAUGAGAUAAAGGACAACAACAACAAUGUUGUGUUGAAGCUGAUCACCCAAGCGGGUCUGUCCCUUUCACUAAUUUGCCUGUUCCUCUGCAUCCUGACGUUCUCGCUGAUCCGCUCCAUCAAAAGCCCAAGAACCACCAUCCACCUGCACCUGUGCAUCAGCCUCUUCUUUGCCACCGUUAUCUUCCUUGCAGGCUUUUCUCGUACGGAGAACCGGGUUGGCUGUGCAGUGGUAGCAGGGCUGCUGCAUUUCUUCUUCCUGGCAGCAUUUUGCUGGAUGUGUCUGGAGGGCAUUCAACUCUUCAGGAUGGUAGUCCUGGUCUUUAACGCCAACUUCAAAAUCCUCUACAUGAUGGCAGGUGGCUAUGGAGUCCCAGCUGUUAUUGUCGCUAUAUCUGCCUUAACUAAUCCCAAGGGAUAUGGCACCGAAACAUAUUGUUGGUUAAACCUGGAAUUCAUUUGGAGUUUCUUUGCCCCUGCCUGCGUCAUCAUCAUUGUAAACGUGUUCUUCUUUCUCAUCACUGUGUGGAAGUUGGCACAGAAGUUCUCAAGUUUAAAUCCUGACCUGGACAAUCUGCAGAAAAUAAAGGCGUUCACCAUCACUGCAGUGGCUCAGCUGUGUUUGUUGGGCACCAUGUGGAUCUUUGGUUGCUUCCAGUUUGAGGACACAAUAAUCUCAUCUUACCUGUUUACCAUCUUUGGCAGCUUUCAGGGUGUUAUGCUCUUCGUCAUGCAUUGUCUGUUUUCUAAACAGGUGAGGGAAGAAUAUGGAAACAUCCUGUCCAGAUUCUGUGCACCUGGGAAGAAGAGCUACUCAAACUUCAGUUACUCGCACACGAGCAAAGCUCAUGCAUCAAAGAGCACCCAGGACACAGGAGAGUCUCGCAUCUGAGGAGAUAAACAGUGACGUGGGCGCAAAGUCUGAUUUAUUUCCUAAAGACUGCCAUCUCAGACAUUGGGCCAAAUACUGCCCUGCCAUUUGUGGAAAAUGCAAAAUGUUGUAAAUAGUGUCCUUCUUUACAUUUUCUUAACUUUUUGUUAUUGAGCUGGUCUUUGUAUUUUAAGCUAAAAUGGAACUGUUGAUGGUUAUAAUUUAAUAGAAUUAAGGAUUUCCUUCAAAAUGAGAAAUUACAUUUGUACCGUAUUGUACAGUAUUACCAUAAUAGAGACCCUUUUAAAAACUGAAUGUUUUGAUAUUUGAGUAAAGAUGUUAAGAUGAUCCGUGAUUUAAGCACAUAGUGUACUUUACUUUCAUGUCAACACUUAUUUUAUUUGAGUAAUUUAUUGAACGGUAAAAAAUUAAUCUCUUAUUUUGGACCAAAAUAUCAAAGUGAUAGAUCAUUUUAUGAAGACCUGUUUAAUCAGGUACAUGUAACAUGGCUUGUCAUGUCAUCCAGGUACUUUAUUCAAUCAGCAACAAUCUGAAAGACAUUUCUGAGGCAAGCACUUUUUUUCUGUAUAAUUUAAAUUUAAUUUUUAAAUUGAUAUUAUCUAAAUAUCAUCAACAAAAAGGAGGAUAGUUAUGAAACAGAAAUACAUUUAAAUUUAUGUUUGUGUAUAUUGCUGGGCAAUAGGUAAUUGACUACAUUCCUGCUUUAUUCAGCGUGCUGUAUCAUGUUAAAUAAUUUUUUUCCAAAUAGUUUAAAAGAGUUUUUUAUUUAUCUAGUUUUAAACUUGAAUGUUCAAAGAUAACUUUUUUUAUUAUUGUCUAUAAGAAUGGUAGUACAAUUUUGACUUUCUGAUUGAUGUUUGGUCAAAAUACCUGUCUUUUGUGCUGUAUUUUUCUUGCCUCUCCUGGAAGCUUUAAAUGAAAUAAAUAUCCUGAUGUACCUCA